ACCCUUCGGUGAAUAAGUUUAUUAUGAAAAACCCAAGAGACUUCUAAAUAAUACUCUCGUAACACUCUGCAAGUUUUCCCCAACAGUAAGAAUGGCCACUUCCAUAUCUCGGAUCUCCAGGAGUAGCCCCGUCGCUAGGGCGGCUGCCGGCCUAAUUCGUUGCGGCUUUGCAACCGAGGGGACGAAGACUAUAACUCCGUCCGCGGAUAUGAUCAAAUGGGAUUACAUGUGCCAGAUGCAGAUGAUGCCGCUCGGUCAAUCGGCUCCUAAGGUCACUAUUGAUGCCCGGUCGUCUCCUACAGCAGGACGUUCAUUGUUUGGUGGCCUCAGCAACAGUUUUUCUGGUUUCCUGAACCCAUCAAGGGAAAUGACAAUGGCAUGCAGCAAUUUCUUGCAUCAGCAACAAAGGACAUUCAUACAAAUGAGGACAGUUCUGAAAGUUGUCGAUAACUCGGGGGCAAAGAAAGUGAUGUGCAUUCAGGCUUUGAAGGGAAAGAAAGGGGCGAGAUUGGGGGACACAAUUAUUGCAUCAGUGAAGGAAGCAAUGCCUAAUGGAAAAGUAAAGAAAGGUAAAGUUGUGUAUGGUGUGGUUGUGCGUGCUGCCAUGCAGCGGGGACGUUGUGAUGGGAGCGAGGUGAAGUUUGAUGACAACGCAGUCGUGCUGGUUGACAAGCAAGGCCAACCAAUCGGAACCAGAGUAUUUGGGCCAGUUCCUCAUGAGCUAAGGCAGAAAAAGCAUAUCAAAAUCCUUUCUUUAGCACAACAUAUUGCCUGAGGUAUGGAUUUCGUGUUUUAAAAACGAAAAAUAGGGUUAGAAUUGGAAAUUUCGAGCAAGAUCGAUUAGGAGGAAAAAAAAACAGAGAGAUGAAAAAAAAAAGGGCUUUUGAAGACUUACCUCAACAUGAGCCCAACACAUCCUUUUUCAGACUACGAACAAGUGAUGUUCUUCCUGGAUUUCAUUCUUUUUAUUAGAACAUCCCUUCAAAUGAAAUCUUGAUCACCGAUGAAAAUGCUAGUGAUUUCUUGAUUAGUUUAUGGAUUAUCAAUUGAAGAUUCCCUGCUUAUAUAAUGGGUAUCUGACUAAACACCUUAUCGGUAUGAAA